AGUGGUCGUUUCGGCUGAUUUUGAUGAAUUUAGUAAACUUUUGCACAGCGAAAUAUACAUAAAAAAAGAAGAGCUGAGAGUAUUUGGCGGAGAAAAUAUAAGCGAUCUGAAGGAAAAUUGUUCGAUGUCACUUCACAGGAAUUCGUGCUCGAAUCCUGCUUUAUUACCUUUAGAAACUAUAACAUGGAAUACAAGAAUAUGUUUUCGUUGGAAAUGUCUUAUCGCACAAAUUAUUGGGCCAUUAGCAGGUUUCCUCCGCCUGAUUGGGGCUCCUUUCAGGCAUUUCCCAAAAUCCGAUUGGGGCUCCUUUCAGGCAUUUCUCUCCAUCCGAUUAGGACCCCUUUUGGACAUUAAUCGCGAAAUCGCUUUUCCCCGAAUAUUAGCAGAUCGAACGAAUAUUAUUUAUUUUACUUGGUGGAAGACCCUAAAACAAUUUAGUGGUACCGUUAGCUGGUUUUUAUCUCAAUUCAAUUGCAAUGUUUUCAUUAGAGAAAAUAAUAGAUGUUCAUCAGAGACAGCAUUAAUCUCUUCACCGAAAUAUGAACGUGGAAUUCAAACUGCGACAUCGCUUGGGUGGUUAUCUAUCCGGCAAGUCGGCUAUUCAUACCUUCAUUUAUCCUGCGAUAUUCGUUUAUGCCAUAUUUGCAGCAACAAUUGCUCCUCAAUAACUCCUCCGAUUGCAUGUUCGGAUUAUUCUCAAAGCUAUAUAAAGAAUCGCGAAAAUAAUUUUUGGAAUUCUAGUGAAAAAUUUCUAUCCGCUUGUCAUUCGAAUUAUGAUGAGGAAAAAUUUUUAUCAAAUCAGUUGAAUACUUCCUCGUUUUUUUUUGUUCCUUUAUUGUUAUUUAUUUACAUAACUCAAUAUUUUUAUUUUUCAUAA